GACAGCUCCACCCUGGGAGGUGCUGUGGCCCAGGUGCAGCCAGAAUGCUUCUUUAUAUGCAGCAGCUGAAUCUGGAGCCAGAGGUUGGAAGACCUCGGAACACCUUGUAUUCUAUCAGGCUCUCCCCAUGGCUUUAGAGACAGCCUGCCGCCCCUCUGGGAAAAGACCGUGCAAGAUGCAGGCUUUCAGAAUCUGGGAUGUUAACCAGAAGACCUUCUACCUGAGGAACAACCAACUAGUUGCUGGAUACUUACAAGGAAAAAAUACUAAAUUAGAAGAAAAGAUAGAUGUGGUGCCCAUCGAGCCCCAUACUCUGUUCCUGGGGAUCCAUGGAGGGAAGCUGUGCCUGUCAUGUGUCAAGUCUGGUGAUGAGACCAAACUCCAACUGGAGGCAGUUAACAUCACUGACCUGAGCAAGAACAGAAAGCAGGACAAGCGUUUCACCUUCAUCCGCUCAGACAGCGGCCCCACUACCAGCUUCGAGUCGGCUGCCUGCCCAGGCUGGUACCUCUGCACAGCAUUGGAAGCCGACCAGCCUGUUAGCCUCACCAAUGUGCCUGACGAGGCCGUCAUGGUCACCAAGUUUUACUUCCAGCAGGACGAGUAGUACUGCCCAGGCCUGUCCUUCCUCAUUCCCA